GGGAUGGGUGCAAUAUAAACCGGUUAAUCCGGGUUCCUGAGUCGGGGGCGGCUACGCUGUGGGCUGCACGAUGUGGGCUCGCGCGGGUGGGAAGAACGGCGGCGAGCGGGCUGUGAUGUCGUCCAUGCUGCCGUUCACGCCGCCCGUCGUGAAGCGCCUGCUGGGCUGGAAGCGCGGCGAGCCGGGCGGCCUGGAGGACAAGUGGAGCGAGAAGGCGGUGAAGAGCCUCGUGAAGAAGCUCAAGAAGAGCGGGCAGCUCGACGAGCUGGAGCGCGCGAUCGCCGCGCAGAAUAGCUCCACCAAGUGCAUCACCAUCCCCAGGGACAAGAGUGUUUCAGCUGGCGUACCUUGGAGUCGGAGGUCCCUGGACGGGCGGCUGCAGGUGUCUCACCGCAAGGGCCUUCCGCACGUCAUCUACUGCCGGCUGUGGCGCUGGCCAGACUUGCACAGUCAUCACGAACUCCACGCAAUUGACGCCUGCGAGUUCGCCUUCCACCUUAAGAAGGACGAGGUCUGCGUUAACCCCUACCACUACCAGCGCGUCGAGACUCCCGUGCUGCCUCCCGUGUUAGUGCCGAGACACACAGACAUUCCCGCCGAGUUACCCAAGCUGGACGACUACACGACGUCAAUUCCAGAGAACACCAACUUCCCCGUCGGACUGGAGCCCCAGGGGAACUACAUACCUGAAACCCCUCCUCCUGGUUACAUCAGCGAGGAUGGGGAAACAAGUGAUCAACAGAUGAACCAUAGCAUGGACACAAGUUCACCCGCAGAACUUUCACCAAAUCCGGUGUCCCCUGCCACUUCAGUUCAAGGCUCGGUGUCAUCCGCUGACCUACAGCCCGUAACGUACUGCGAGCCAGCGUUCUGGUGCUCCAUCUCCUACUACGAGCUGAACCAGCGCGUGGGCGAGACCUUUCAUGCGUCGCAGCCCUCGCUCACGGUGGACGGCUUCACUGACCCCUCAAACUCUGAACGCUUCUGCCUCGGACUUCUCUCCAACAUUAACCGCAAUCAGACGGUUGAGAUGACCCGCAGGCACAUUGGGCGAGGCGUGAGGCUGUACUACAUUGGCGGGGAGGUAUUUGCGGAGUGCCUCAGCGAAAGCGCCAUCUUCGUGCAAAGUCCCAAUUGCAAUCAGCGCUAUGGGUGGCAUCCUGCCACUGUAUGUAAAAUUCCGCCAGGCUGCAAUCUGAAGAUCUUCAACAACCAAGAGUUUGCGGCAUUGCUUGCACAGUCUGUAAACCAGGGCUUUGAGGCGGUAUACCAGCUGACGCGCAUGUGCACCAUCCGCAUGAGCUUCGUCAAGGGCUGGGGUGCCGAAUAUCGGAGGCAGACUGUGACCAGCACCCCUUGCUGGAUUGAGCUUCACCUCAAUGGACCCCUACAGUGGCUGGACAAGGUGCUCACCCAAAUGGGAUCACCAUCAGUCCGCUGCUCCAGCAUGUCUUAGGAGAUUUGCACCCCUCCUCUCUCCUCCCUCCCACUCCCUACUUCACCCAAGCUCUCCUGUCUACACCCCCUGCCCUCUGCCGCAGGCCAUUACCACCCUCAAUGGGUUGUGGCCUCGGGAGUUUUCAUUGGUUGCACGACGGUUACUUUUAAACUGUUUCCUUGUUUUGUUUUAUAGUUACACCGCUGCGUGGCAGCAUCUCUGCAGGCCCAUUGCAGUGUAUUUAUUGGGAAAAGCAAAAAAGGGUGUACAUUUAACAUAAUACCUUUUAUUAGCAUACUGACAGUGACCACUGCCCAACUUUUAAGUCGGACACAUGGUUUUUAAAGACGUGUGUAAAUUUACAAUGAGAGCAUGAAAUUGGGUAUUGACACAAUCUUCUCUCGAAAAUAGUGUAUCUAAUAGAAAAAUACUUGCUUGCAGUAGCAUAUUUCCCCAUGAAGAAGGUGUAGUGAGUGAUGUGUUGCGUCUUGAGGUGUUCAGUGUUUUCAUUAGCAGUACCCUACCUAGCACAGGGCUCCCUAAUCAAUGGUGCAAUAAUGUAGUGGGGUAUUGGUGUAAUGUUAUAUAGUCUCCCCCUGCAAUCCAGUGCCCAUCGGGGUGGUGAGCACCUUUACCGCAAAAAGGUUGGAGAGCCCUGCCAUGGACACAACACGCCAUAUGUUUUUUUAGAGUGGUAUCAAAGAUUAAGACCCCAUUGUUGUAUAUAGUCACUCUAGUCUAAUUGAACUCUUGAUGGAUUUUUUGAAAUUCUAUCAUAAAUGUUAAUGAAGGGAAAUCAUCGUUGCAUCAUUGUGGAUUUAUCUCAAUGAAGGAACAAACUACACUGCUAAUGUUAACAAAGAAUCUCAAAUAAAUUGAUGACAUAGUAUACGCAUUGAAAGGCACUUGUUAUGCUCCAAAUUUGUACUUGGCACCUUGGCUAUGAUGGUUGUUUCUUGUUAUUUUUAAGAAACAAUGUGUGUUUAUAUAUGUGUGUGUUUUUUAAGUUAAAAUCACACGGGUAGGUUUUGAGUUUUUUUGUUUAUAGUUGAGCUUAUUAGCUUCUUUAGAUAUCAUUUGUCUUCGCAGUCCAUGGUACAUAGAUUAACUUUUUUUGCCAACAAUUAAAUUUCAGCUUGUUCUGCCAGUAUUUUUCCUCUCCUUCUGCUGCUCUGGAUAGCUUAUAGCCUAGCAACUUCACACAUUACAAGUGAAUCUGUUUUAUAAUUGCAAGGAAAUGUCAUAAAAAUGUGACCAUUUCCCAUAAUGAUUGAGAAAAUAACUUUAAAAGAAAUCAUGCUUUUCACAGCUACUCCUGAUGGUAACUGCUAAAAUACUGAAGUAGGCGCAACAUUUUGUGAGACAGGAUUGUGAAUCGUCAUCCACUCUCUGCCAUCUCCCGCCUGCAGAGCAGGGCUUUGAACAACUUUGCAUUCAGUCAUGGGUGACCAGCAUACAACUCGAGCCUUUGGCAUUUGAACAGGUGUUGUCAUGGAGCUAACUCGAGGUUGUUACAUUUAUGUUUAGAUACAGCGCACAUGCACAAAUGGCUGUUUUAAUUUACAUGCCACUAGAUCGUGGAAUAGUGGAGUGGCCAUCUUUUUAAGAGUUUUGAUUUUUAACGUGGGCAACGAUUCAUUCAGUUUGUUUCAUCUACUUCAGCUAAGUAGUAACUUUUAAUGUCUUCCAGCCAGGGCAAUUAAAAUAACAGCACCAGAAUCAGCAGUCUUUUAUUUAUUUAAUUCUUUGCAAUUUUAAGUAUUCAUGUUUAAGUAACCAUUUAACUGUCAGGCAAGACCAAUAUCAAGCUGAAACGCAUUGACCAAAUUCACAUGGUUUGCAACGGCAACCAAGGCUAGAUGUUGUGGACACAGCCUCUGAUCACGGGCGGGAGAUUGACAGCCACAUUCAGCCACCCCCUGGUUCAACUUCUGUUGACCAGUGUUCCAAAUGUCCUGACGAAAACGGCGUUACCUCUUAAGUGCUAUAGUCAACGGGUUUGAGACAAAACCUGCACAAGCAUCCUUGCAGCACCUGUGCACAGGUAGAACUCAUGCCCAAUGGCAUCCGACAUUUCUAUUGCUUGUGAUGAAUGGUGCGCUGCUGUACUUAUUCUCGCAAAGUUCAAUGGGAGUUUUUAUUUUGUGAGUGCGCACUCGCGUAAAAAAAUGCAUCUACUAGUUCAGGUUAAAAAAAAAUCUGUGUGCUGUAUUGCGUCGUCUUUUAUUCUGCACAGUUACAACUUUUUCAUUGUAUUAUCUGCAGUAUCUGCUUAAGAUUAGAUCAUGCCAUGUAUCUGGAGAGAUUUUAAUUUUUUGUUUUGAUUUAAAAAUAAGUGUAGCAUUGACUGUAGGGUGUAGGUACAUUGCGGUCAGUUGUUAGCAAUGUUGAAUAUAUUUUUGCUUCCACCAUUUCCCCCUGUACCAAAUAAACUAUUUGUUAAUGAAGCUGAAAA